AUGUUAUAUAAAGAGGACAGGUGGCAAAAGACGUGGAGAGUAGUUACAACAACAACUAUCCUGGGCGUAUCCUUCUUACCUGCUCACGCAUUUGUAGCAUUGUCUCUGGCGAAACUGGUAGAACGGAACAGUGCUAUAGCAUUGAUUACAACAGUCACUACACCGUCAUCUACGAACAUUGUCACUAUGCCUUUAACCGUGAGCGCAAAUCCAGUGACUGUGGCAGUAACUGCAACAGCGGCACCGGCCCUCGCAAUUCCUGACUUGGGAACGUCAGCGGUUGAUCCUCAGGCGCCGAAGUGGAAUAUCGCCGAAGCAAACGCAGCAUCCACUCCCGCCACAAUAUUUGCUAAAAGAUCAACUGCGACAAUAUCGGGACAAAGCGGUGUUUUCAUUGGUAUAGUAGGAGCAGUAGCUGGGCUGUCAAUUCUAGGUGUGGUAGCAAUCAUUGUCUUACGCAAAAAGAGAAGGGAAAAAGAAGUACAAGUGUAA